AUGGUCCGAAAAUGGUCCAAGUUCCUUGCGAAGCCCGCCGGCUGGCUCCCGCCGAACGCACCACUCUCACAACGCAAACAGAUAUACCUUCCCAACUUCACAGUCGCUCUCAUCCGAACGCCCUUCCUCCCGCCCCGAUAUGCCUCGUUCUACGUCCCCUUGAAUUUCAACAAGCUCGAUAUGCGCGACUACCUACAACGUUUAUACGGAGUUGGCGUUCUGAGUGUACGUAGCUAUGUCGAGCAACAGAAGGUCACACGCCUCAGACCACAAGGAAAAUAUGGAUACGGAAAGUUACGACGACCGACCUCGAAGAAGAGGAUGACUGUUGAGAUGAAGGAGCCGUUCGUUUGGCCCGAGGCUCCGGAGAGCAUGGAUGCGUGGGAGAAGGACCAAUUCUUCAAGGCCGCAAAAUACCAAGAUCAGAUCCAGAAGGCUCAACGACCAGACGCGGGGAUGCAGCCGGACAAGGAGUCUCGUGAGGCGUUUGACGCGGAGGCCAAGAAGUUGCUGAGCGGCGAGAAGCCAUGGAGACCUACGUGGCAGGCUUUGGGAUUGAGUUAUGACAGACCGUCAGUCGGAUCGGCUAAGGGACCUUUUUCGGGGAGCUCAUAA